UAGCAACUUAGGUUACAAAACCUGGUGAAAUAAUUUUUUAACCAAAAUGAUUUCGAUUACUCGAGGAAUUAGUAAUAUUUUAAGUAGAAUUGCUUUCGCUCACACGUCAUCUAAUCCGUCUUCCAUAAGGACUUUGCAAACCACAUAUGUGCUGAAUUGCGAAAAUACCGAAGGUAUCAGAACAGAUGAGAAAUCAACUACUGACAGUGAUGCUCAGCGAAAAGAGUUAACUGAGGCUGAAUUGAAGUUAAAAAAUAAAGAUCGUACGCAAGUUAUACCAGUAGAGACGUCUAUCAGAUAUUUAAGAAGUUCUGCUUACCAGCAAACUUACGGUAAUACACUUAUAUGGGAAUUGUACAGACGUAACCAUAAAGGAGCAAUACCACCACGAAAAACUCGUAAGACUUGCGUACGUAAGGGUGCUAUUAGCACGGGGAAUCCUUGUCCUAUUUGCCGGGACGAAUACUUAGUGUUGGACUAUCGUAAUCUUGAUUUGUUGCGUCAGUUUAUAUCUCCUCAAACAGGUGAAGUGCUGAGUUAUACUAAAAGCGGUUUAUGCCAAAAAAAGCAUUUGCAAUUGCUGGUAGCUGUUGAGAAAGCCUGGGAUUACGGCCUGUUAACUUUUGACGUUCCAUUCCUGGAGUUCGAUUAUAGAGAGUAUUACGGGAAAAACGUAAAACUUGCAAAUUAAGAGUGAACAUCAAGAAACCUUUCUCUUUAUAUAUGUUGUUUUGUAAAUAUACUCUUUAAUAUGCAGAAGGAC